UAUACGACUGACGUCAACAUUGUUUUCUUUUAAAUUUUCGUUCUUAAUUUUAUUUUGUUAAAUUAUUUAUCGAUGACUGUGUGGUAGAAGAGAAAGCUUUUGUUUUGCACCAUUUUGUAGAAAUAUGAUAUAUUGAUAUUUUAGUUAUUUGAAUUAUGUCGAGAAUACGUGGAAUAGAGGCUAAAGUGCUAAAAAUACACAAGGACUACAAGGAUUCAUUACACAACUUAGAAACUCGGAAAAAUAAAAGUAAUAAAGCCAGUAAAAAGAAAACAGAAUCUUCCCUAAGUUACAAAAACGACGUAGAAAAGCUUCAAAUAAAUGAGCUGUUGUAUAAACUGCCAAAGCUAGAUACAAUAUUCGACGUACAUCGUAAAAUUGGCGAGGGAACGUUUAGUUCCGUAUAUCUGGCUUCUUUAAAACAACACGCAGGACUAUCCGAUGGUCAAAAGUCAUGGUUUGCAAUAAAACACUUGGUGCCCACCGCGCAUCCGGCCCGGAUCGAGCACGAGCUGAGAUGUCUUCAAGACAUGGGAGGAAAACAUAAUGUGAUAGGAGUCGAACUGUGUCUGCGGAAUCUCGACACUAUUGUAUUUGUGAUGCCUUAUAUACCUCAUAAAAAGUUUUCUGAAUAUGUUGGAGAUAUGGAUGCUAAGGAGGUGCGGCAAUACAUGCGGGCACUAAUGGUGGCUCUGCGUCAUGUGCACUCAUUUGGCGUCAUUCACAGAGAUGUUAAGCCCAGUAACUUUCUUUAUGAUAGAGAAAAUAAAAGGUACUUAUUGGUGGACUUUGGUCUAGCACAACGCGUGUGGACUCGUGAGGAACCCCCCGCCGCGCUGCCGCCGCCCGCGCACGUCGCCACAGUGGCCUGCAAGCGACCCCGGGACGAGGACGAUUUGACCCCAAACGCUAAGAGGAUGGCCUUAGAUUUGUCUGUUCGUGCGAAGUGCAGCAAUGUCAUCGCCCCGGCGCCAAAUCGAACGGUUUUACCGAAAGUUCAAAUUCCUAGACAGAAUAUAACUAAGAACCCUCCGCCGGCGCACGCGGGCGAGCGCUGCCCGUGCGCCAACGUGGGCGGCGUGUGCGGCGCGUGCGCGGCGCGCGUGGCAGCGCGGGCGCCGCGCGCCGGCACGCAGGGCUUCCGGCCGCCCGAGGUGCUGCUGAAGAGCCCGCGCCAGGGCACGGCCGUGGACACGUGGGCGGCGGGCGUGGUGCUGGCCAGCCUGCUCACGGCGCGCUACCCCUUCUUCCGCGCUGGGGACGACGUGUCGGCGCUGGCGGAGCUCGUGGACCUGCUGGGCACGGAACCGCUGCAGCGAACGGCCGAGGCGCUAGGUCGGCGAGUGGUGACUUCGGCGCAGUGGCGCGGCCUGUGCCUGCGCAAGCUGGCGGAGCGGCUGCGAGGAACGGCGCGUACGACGUGUACGGUUCCGGGGCCCACCUGCCCGCACUGCCGCCUACCUUUGCCGCAGUGCCUCUGUAGAGAUGAAUCUAAACCAGCGGACGCCUUCGACGCGUCGGCGACGGUGGCGGGCUUCCCGGACGCGGCGUUCGCGCUGCUGGCGCGCCUGCUGGACCCCGACCCGCGCUCGCGGCUGUCUGCGCCCGCGGCGCUGGCGCACCCCUUCCUGACGGGGGACGAUUAAAUGUAUUAGGCUAAUUUAGUAACAAUUUUAGCUCAAUCUUAUUGACAGUGUUACCUAAAGACUAAGCGUAUUUACAAAUUGAUUGUAACUUUUAAAUUAAAUGAAAAUAUCUUGGAACAAUAUUUUUGAUAGCCAUAUAUUAAAGUAGGCCGAUACAUAUGUUUUAUAAAUUUACUACCACUUUCGAGGGAACGCCCGUGGGGGAGGGGGAUGUCUCGCGUGGACGAGGCCAAUGCGGCUGUGAACAUUUUAUCUCAUUUGAGAGAGUAACAUAGGUCUAAAUGUUUAAAAUAUCCUAUUUUUAGGAUGUACAAAAAUUUCUUUGAUGUUGGUAGUGUGAACAGUUGUGCUUAAAUCAUAACUUAUUUAAAAGACUGCCUUAAUGGACUCGCUAUAAAAAAUAAACUAUGUAUCCCAUUCCAUUACUAAAAUCUUAUUUUUGCUUCUCAAAUUCUUAAUUAAAAAAAAAUAAAGCUUUAAACAUUGCAAAUUAUUCUUUAUGGACAUAAUAGGAUGAAAUCAAUAUUAAUAUGACUUUAAAUGGAAUGAGGUAUUCAUAAAAUGUAUAUUUGUAUACUUCUUAAAUUAUAAUUAACAGUCUUUUUUUUAAUAACAGCAUGUUAAUGUCCCACUAUAGGAGAUCCAGGCCAGGGUCUCCUCUAUUGGAGAUGGUUUUCUUUUUCCAUUAUUCUGCAAAUAUGGUCUUGUACUGCUGUUCCAAAUGUAAUUUAUUUUAAUGUGAGAACACUUUUGAGAUUAAAUAUAUUUUUUUUGUAAAAUUGUUAACUUUGUUUAGGGUAAUUGUUUUUUCAGAUUAUAAAUAUAGGACUUAGUUUUUGUAUAUCUCAGCCAUUGUUCGAACUUACUAUUGUCGUAUUAAAAAACAAAGCUGUAAGAACAGAUUUGUAUUUUGUUUUAAAUAAGUGCAAUUCUUACUGUUUUGUCUUCUAAUAACAUGCUCUUAGCUGUUAUCUUUGAUUGGUUUUUUUUGAGACAAAUCUCUUAAUUAUUAAAUGUAAUUUAUUUUUCUGGUUUUGCAAACUGCGACUUUUUCAUUAAAGUCAUUGUUAAUUAGUUAUAAAGAGGAUCUCAGAGCUUAUUUUAGUUUAAGUACAAAGUCAGUUUGUUUUGUUACUGUGAACAAACUGUACUGAUCACAUUGGGUAAAAAGUGGAAAAGUGAUUCUGAGCCUUUCUUGGCUUACACUAUGUGAUCAGGUUAGUAAUUGAUGUAUGUUGAGACGGCCCUCACCCAUUGUAAAGGAGUGAUGGAGCAUGAAUUCAAUUUAAUUGAUAAUCAUACUUUAUUUUGAUUUUGUAUUAACACAUUUUAAUAAUUUUAAACCAGAAUUGCAAUGAUGCUCUUAUUUUUUGGCUUCCCUCCCUUUGUGGUGGCUCGAGCAGGUGCUCCUCUCUCUUUCUGCACUGGAGCUGGUCCUGAGUGUAUGAAUAAAACGGGAAACUGACUGAAUUUAAUAUUAUGACUAUUGUUUAAACAUACAAGGAAUGAUUUUAUGUACUUUGUCAAUGCAAUAUUAACAAUAGUCAUUGAAAUGAGAUUUUCAAGAGUAAAGUGCCUUGGAACUGUGUUCCCUAGAACUACAUUACCUCAUUUGUUACUAUUCACUUGUGCAAUACAUGUUUAUAUUGACAACUCA